AUGGAUACCACAGGUCGAACGACGGUUCUACACGCAGUCGUUCGCCAUAGCGUACCAUGUCUUCACCUCAUACUCGAGGCAGGUGGUAACCCGAAUCCCAAAAUGCCAAAAGGUACAUUUAGAAGCAGUCCUUUAACCGCCGCUGGAUUUGGUGGAAUGCCGGAAAUGCUAAGGCUUCUCCUGGAUUUUGGUGGCGAUCCCAAUGCAUGUAAUCCAGAAGGAUUGACAGCAUUACAUUCCGUUGCACGUACUCGGAAUGUUGAUUGUGCACUUACAUUACUUGAAUUUGGUGCGAAUCUGAAUGCAUUAUCUAGCAAUGGAAGAACUCCACUAACUACAGCACUCAUUCACAACAACCAUGAAGUCUUACAACUUUUCGUGGAUCGUUGUUAUGAGUACAUGAUGGAUACUAGUCUCAAAGGUACGCAUGGAUUAUUUAUACGAAAGGCGAAACCCAGAACAUAAAGUUUAGUUACCAUAAGAUGACUGAUAGCUCAUAACAUGCAGGUCCACAGUUACUCCCAAUAAUCGCCGAGCAUGCUGAUAUCAAAACAAUGACCAUUCUUGCAUUAUCCAAACCCCUCAAAUUGUCCUAUGAUUUGAGCAUCAAUAGUCUGGCAGAAAGCCGCGAAAUCCUCCAGCAACGUCGCGAUUAUGAUGGAAAAAACGGGCGAAGCUUUUGAUGAACUGGUCAGCAUUGUCCAAGCAGAUGAAGGGGGUUCCGAUUCUCCUGACAGUCUGUUGGAAUCUGGAAUCUUCUACUCUGCCACAUCUUCAUUUCAUUCCGACCUUGCUGAUGCUAUGGCGAAACUGAACUCUGCUAAUGUCAGUUCUUCGGAGGAAUCUAUGGAUGAGAAUUCAGAUAAGUCAGAUUCUGCACAAGCUUCGCCGGUCACAUGA